AUGAAGCUGAUUCUGGAGGACGCGGGCGUCCCCUACGCCGUGCGCUGUGAGGAGUUGGGUCCCACCAUCGCCUUCGACAUGUGGCGAGGGUCUGAAGCCGCAAUCGCUGUGGACAGCACUCCCUUCCCAGUCAUGUUUCCUCCGGCAAUUUGGCACCGACCCCAUGAUGGUGAGGAGGUCUUCGUGAACACUCACAUCGCCUCUGUGAGGUACUUGGGCCAAUGCUUGGGCUACGCGCCCGGCUCUGCUGCCGAGGGUGCGCGAGCCGACCAAAUCGCGCAGAAUGCGGUGGAUUACUGGUGGGAGGGGCGGUGUUGUUUUCAUCCCCUGGACAGUUCUCAUUUGGGGUCCUACUCCUCGCAGAAAGAUGCCGCGGACAAGUCUUCCCAGCAAUGGAAGAUUGUGAUGCGCUUUGGGCCGCGGAAGCCGUGUGCCGGCGGCGCCUCGGUCACUUUUGCAGACUUCCUGCUCUUCCACGUCUUGGAUGCCACAGAGGCUCAGUUCAACGAUGAGCACUUUUCGAGGGCUUGGGACGCGGCCCCCGAUGGUCUCAAGGCCUACAAGGCCUACUUCCAAUCGGAUAGGCGGAAGCCUUGGGCCAAGGUGCUCGUGGAAGUGUUCACGGUUCCUGUGGUGUUCGCAUGUUGGCGUGUUUGCACGACCAGGCCUGGGAUAUCAGCCAAAGGUGUACAGUGCGUUUGCCGCAGCAUCCCGUUGGUUGAUCAGCGCCCACUGCGAUCAGAAGCAGCCCUUGGCACGCGCUGCUGUGAAACUGUCGGGAAUCCAAAAAGGUCCGGCGGCUCUGCCUUUGUGCUGAACGUCCUUUUGCUAGUUGCCGUGGUGAUACUUGGCUGCGCAAACAUCAUUGCCAAGCAGAUUGCAGCUCAGCCGCUGAAGAGUUACAGCUAUGUGCUGACAUUGGCCGUGCAGAUCGCGUACCUUCCGCUGUACUGGUCGAUUCUGGGACUCCUGCUGCUGGUUGGCGCCGUCCCGCCGGAGCAGUUCCGCUUUGUGUGGCAGCGGCAUGGAUCCGGCGCCCCGGGUUUGGCUUUCUUCGCAGCUUCUGCACUGGGGGAUGCCCUGGGCGAUGGCAUCCAUGCCAUCUGCACAGACCAUGUAAGUGGCCCGCUCAUGAGCCUCUCGAACUCCUUCAUCUCGAUCUUUAUCGCCAUCCUCUCACUGUGUGUCUUUCAAGAGCGCUACUCUCUGAUGCAGUGCUUGGCUCUUUUGGCGGUGCUUUCGGCCGUGGUCGUGGGCUUCCUCCCGUCGCUGGAGGGCCAGACCACAAACACCCAGCCCGCGUUCGCCAUCAUUGCGGCAGGCAGCUGCUUCUUCUACGCCGUCUCCUUUGUGAUCAAGGAGCUCAUGUUCAAGCGCUUCAAGGCCUGGCAGGAAGUUUCUCAUCCUGGCGAAGCUGCAAGCAGUGAAGCUGGAAGCGGCCGAAGCGGCCUGAACAUCUUCGUGAUGAACGCCCACCUGGCAGUCUUCCAGCUUCCUCUGACGGUUCUGCUGCUACCGCUGAACGAGCUUCUGAAGCAGACCCAUGGCGAAGGCAUCGUGGCCUUCUCCAGGGAGGCCUUUGCCUGCGUCUUUGGUGGCAGUUGCGGCCCGGACUCCAACCACGGUGAGCUUGCAGGACGCUGUGUGGCCAUCUUCGUGGUGCUCAACGUCCUCUGGAACUUGAGCAUCCUUCUGGCCGUGAAGCAGUCCGGCGCCCUCGCCACCAACGUGGCCCUGAAGGCGGUGUUCCCUGUGUCUACUGUCCUGUUCGCCUAUGUGGACUGGCCCCUGCUCGGGCCGACAAGCCUCUCCUGGCUGGUCUGGCUUUCCAUCCUGAUCCUGCUGCCCUCCAUCGCUGCCUAUCAGUGGGCAACGGACCUCCAGGCGCAGCGCGCUCGGCGCGCUCGGGCGACGUGCUGCUGGCCCCUCUUCGCACACCUCGCUCCUCCUCCGCUGCUGGAGCCUGCGCUAUCGCGGUGA